AUGGUCCAGGCUAAAGCGUACAGCUGUGAUCAGUGUGGCAGAGCUUUUACUCACAGUAGCAGCUUACAGAGGCAUCUAGUUACCCACUCUGGAAUUAAGGCAUACAGCUGUGAUCAGUGUGGAAAGUCUUUUUCCAGGAAGGGUCACCUAAAACUACACCAGCUCAUCCACAGUGGAGUUAAAGCAUACAGCUGUGACGAGUGUGGCAGAGCUUUUACUCGCAGUAGCAGCUUACAGAGUCAUCUAGUUACCCACUCUGGAAUUAAGGCAUACAGCUGUGACGAGUGUGGGAAGUCUUUUUCCAGGAAGUCUCACCUAAAACUACACCAACUCAUCCACAGUGGAGUUAAAGCGCACAGCUGUGAUCAGUGUGGCAGAGCUUUUACUCACAGUGGCAGCUUACAGAGGCAUCUAGUUACCCACUCUGGAAUUAAGGCAUACAGCUGUGACGAGUGUGGGAAGGAGUUUACUGAGAAGGCUAACCUAAAACUUCAUCAGGUCAUCCACACUGGAGAGAGACCGUUCAGCUGUGACUUGUGUGGAAAGUCUUUUUCCAGGAAGAGUUCCCUAAAAAAACACCAACUCAUCCACAGUGGAGUUAAAGCGUACAGCUGUGGUCAGUGUGGCAGAGCUUUUACUCGCAGUAGCAGCUUAAAGAAUCAUUUACUUACCCACUCUGGAAUUAAGGCAUACAGCUGUGACGAGUGUGGGAAGGAGUUUGCUGUAAAGGCUAAACUAAAACUUCAUCAGGUCAUCCACACUGGAGAGAGACCGUUCAGCUGUGACUUGUGUGGAAAGUCUUUUUCCUUGAAGAGUUCCCUAAAAAAACACCAACUCAUCCACAGUGGAGUUAAAGCGUACAGCUGUGAUCAGUGUGGCAAAGCUUUUACUCACAGUAGCAGCUUAAAGAUUCAUUUACUUACCCACUCUGGAAUUAAGGCAUACAGCUGUGACGAGUGUGGGAAGGAGUUUACUGAGAAGGCUAAACUAAAACUUCAUCAGGUCAUCCACACUGGAGAGAGACCGUUCAGCUGUGACUUGUGUGGAAAGUCUUUUUCCAGGAAGGAUUCCCUAAAACAACACCAACUCAUCCACAGUGGAGUUAAAGCGUACAGCUGUGAUCAGUGUGGCAAAGCUUUUACUCACAGUGGCAGCUUACAGAGUCAUCUAGUUACCCACUCUGGAAUUAAGGCAUACAGCUGUGACGAGUGUGGGAAGGAUUUUGCUAUGAAGGCUAAACUAAAACUUCAUCAGGUCAUCCACACUGGAGAGAGACCGUUCAGCUGUGACUUGUGUGGAAAGUCUUUUUCCAGGAAGUCUCACCUAAAACAACACCAACUCAUCCACAGUGGAGUUAAAGCGUACAGCUGUGAUCAGUGUGGCAAAGCUUUUACUCACAGUAGCAGCUUAAAGAUUCAUUUACUUACCCACUCUGGAAUUAAGGCAUACAGCUGUGACGAGUGUGGGAAGGAGUUUACUGAGAAGGCUAAACUAAAACAGCAUCAGGUCAUCCACACUGGAGAGAGACCGUUCAGCUGUGACUUGUGUGGAAAGUCUUUUUCCUUGAAGAUUUCCCUAAAACAACACCAACUCAUCCACAGUGGAGUUAAAGCGUACAGCUGUGAUCAGUGUGGCAGAGCUUUUACUCAAAGGGGUCACUUACAGAGGCAUCUAGUUACCCACUCUGGAAUUAAGGCAUACAGCUGUGACAUCUGUGGAAAAACUUUCACCCAGAGAGGGCACCAAAAUACACACCUACGCAUUCACACCAGACAUGAUGUGCACUGCUGUGAACAAUGUAGCAAAGAGUUUACAACAGACGGAAAGUUACAACGACACAUGUUUACCCACACUGAGGGACGACCUUAUAAAUGUGACCUGUGUGAGAAGACUUUUAAAUCUCCACAUUACCUGAGACGACACCAACAGAUCCACACCAGAAAGAGACUCUACAAGUGCAGUUACUGUGAGAAGCAGAGCGACACAGAAGGAUCCAGUUCUCAACCCUGUCAUCACUGUGGUGGUGGGAAAGACUUUCGUUGUGACCUCUGUGGAAAAACUUUCAGUUGCCAAGCUGACCUAAAAACACAUCAACACAGACACACUGGAGACAAACUGAAAUACUGCAAAGAAUGUGGGAGAAGCUUCACCACAUCACGUGACUUAAAACGACAUGAACUGAUUCACAGUGGGGUUAAAAAGCACCUCUGUGAUCAGUGUGGGUCAUCCUUCACCACUGCAGGUGACCUUAAAACACACAAACGAGUCCACACAGGAGAGAAACCACACAAGCAC